ACGAGCUUGGCAAGGCAGGAGCGCCGCUUCGGGCAGCCCGAGCACCACCAGUGAUGGAGCAGGACGCCCGGACGCACCGCGUCGACCGCUAGAAGCCGCAGCAGCGCGCACUUUGCCCGGAGCUGCCCGCUCCAAGCGCACCACCCUCGCCUAGCGCCAGGCAGCACGCCGCCGCCGAGCAGCCGUGACGCAGCUUAGACACCAUGGCCGUCACGCAAGCCUACUACAAGGACGAGAACCGGGAUGUCGGCAACGAGGCCGUCGUCGCCGGCGUCAACGCGAGUGCAGGCAACGAAGCGGAGGUGACCAUCGACCGGACGCAGUUAGACGUCAAUAAGAGAGAAACGAACAUAUUGGGGCAGGCCGUCGAAAGUAAUGAGGAGGCGGCCCACGUCAAAGCCGCGAGGUUAGCCCAGGAAGCGAAACGCCGCGCCGAGCGCAACGUCUUCAACAAGACCGAAGAACGUCAUCAACAACAUAAAUGCAUGCGCCGCUUCGCUGUUUGUUGUCCUUGUCUGAAGAACUGGUUGCUCGGCAAAGAAUUGGUCGAAGGCAAGACGCCCUUGAUGCGCACGAUGCAGGCGUUCGAGAUGACGAAACGCGACAGUGCGAUCUCCGCGUUUUGAGGUGUUGCGGUGCCUUUACGCCAUCGACGCGACUCGUGUCCAUCAGACGAUGUCGUGGCUGGUUUCUUUUUUGCUGAAGAGGCCGUUCGGACCGUAUUCACGAGAGAUGCUCCGCGCAGGUGCCAAGUUCCUCAAGCUCUUCGAGAAGAUCGACUGGGACCAUUCGGGCACCAUUGAUAUUGAAGAAUUAUUCGGCUACCUGAAGAUGGACGUCGCGGGCUACGCGCGGAAGACCUUUAGUACGAUGAAUGUCCAACAUGAAUUCAUGGACGAGGACGGGCGCUUCGACCCGCGCAAGUUCCAGGCGGCGGAGGAAGCGAGGUUAAGUAGAGGUAAGACGGCGAAGCGAGCCGUAAGGGGAGGGAAAUUGGAGGCCUCGCAGAUCGAGCUCGACUACGCGCCGUUCUUCGUCGGGCUCUUUGAUUUUUGUACGAUGAACGACGAGCACCUGGUGCGGUUCACCUUUGAUUUGAUAGAUGAGGACCGCUCGGGCUAUCUGUCGCGGGAGGAGGUUUAUGACUUGAUAUUGUUGAUGUCCAAAACGGAGGCCGAGGCUCAGUUAAAAUGCCAGAAGCUGCUGAACGUCAUCGACGCGAAUCGGGAUGGGGAUGUCAGUUAUGUGGAGUUCGCUCGAUGUCACAGACGAAUACCAUCAUUGAUGCAGCCCGCGUUUAUUAUAAGGCGGUCGUUGCGGAUGAAGUGCAUGGGGACUAAAUUUUGGAAGCGGUGCUGCAAGAUCCGUACCAAAUUAAAAAAGACGAAGGGCCGCGAGCCGUUAGGUGUCUACAAGGAUAUCCUGGACCAGAUGGCGCGGGCCGACCAAGAGGUCGCCGAGGCCGAAAUGCUCGAGCUCGAGGCGGCGGCGGCGGCGGACCAGCAUCUCGUGGACCAAGCGGGGGAUGAGAGCGAUGAUUUAGAUAUGGAGGAGUUGUUGGACGACGUGGGCAUGGACCUGUGUGGAAAUCAAAUUUACGGCGCGUUCGUCGCCCUCCACGCCAUCGACGCGACACCUGCUCGAUGGCGUGGCGAUGUCGGUUCGUCACCGCUCGACGGAGCCAGUGCGGCCACGUCAUCACCGAGAAAUGACUUCGUGCACCCGACACACCGGUUGGUUUCCACACAGGCAUGAACGAGGAGAAGCCCAAGGAACUGACCCCUGAGGAAAUAGAAGCUCGUAGAAAGGCCGCUCUCAGAGCGAAACUACGGGGCGCCCAACACUUGACAAGAGGAACCUUGGCAAUAGCAAAGGCCGCCGGCGUCGACAUGCAUAGAGAAGGAUCGUGGUGGAGCGACUGCCCCAAACAAAGAAUGAAGAACUUGGACGACCCCGAAAAGAACGGCAACGCCAAGGUCUACAUCAGCAUCGAGACGGCGGACGCUUUGUCGGAGUGCAAAGUCACGCGGGAUAAAGCUGCCAAGAUCCAAGCUCGCGAGUUCAUUACGAAGCAAAAGCUGGAGAAGCUCGAGGAAAACGCGAAGAGGUUCGGGGGCUUCCAGGUCAAAGGUAGGAAGCCGACCACACCUUGGGGGAGGUUGUUCCACUGGCUCGGUGAGCGCAAGAAGAAGAAAUUAGCUGCGAAGAAACUGCGCGAGGAGCAGGAAAGGGCCAAGUACGCGGCGGCGCGCCAGGCGGAGAUGGACCGGCGGGCCGUCGCGAAAGCCAAGGAGAAGGAGCGCCUGGAGGCGAUGAUGGAGGCUCGUAGAAGGAAGAAGGAGGAGAUCGCGGGCCUGAAGACGCCCGGGGCCCUGUCGGAGGGCGCGCGCGCGGUGUCGACGCCGAAGGCGGGGGCGAAGCGCGUGGGCUUCGCCGAGGACUGACUGUGUAACUUGUGAAUUCACUAAA